GGACACACACAUGCACACUCAGGCCUGAGCUUGGCUAUCAUUUAGACAACGCAUCACGAUGUUUUGGGUAAUUACCAGUCUGCUGCUGGAGGUUGUUGCGGUUGCAGGUGUAGCCCUGGACCCAUGCUCUGCCUACAUCAGCCUGAAUGAACCCUGGAGGAACACAGACUACCACGUCAACCAGUCAUCCGGUGUGCCCCUGUGUGACAGCCACGUGUCUGGAGAAUGGUACCGCUUCACUGGUAUGGCAGGGGAUGCCAUGCCCACCUUCUGCAUCUCUGAGAAUCACUGUGGCACCCAUGCUCCCAUCUGGCUCAACGGCAGCCACCCUCAACCCCACGAGGGUAUCGUCACCCUGCCUGUCUGUGCCAGCUUCAAUGACAACUGCUGCCAGUGGAACGCCAGUGCCGAUGUAAAGGCCUGUACUGGAGGAUACUUUGUCUAUCGCCUGCCCAAACCCUCAGUCUGCUUCCAUGUUUACUGUGGCCAUUUCUAUGAUAUCUGUGAUGAGGUGGACUGUACAGGUCCCAGAUGUCCCCAGUCUGACUGUCACUGUGCACCUGGAACUGCCCUGGGACCAGACAGACAAACAUGUCUGGAUGUAAAUGAAUGUGAGAAGGGCAACGGCGGCUGUGCAGAGGUGUGUGUGAACACCAAAGGCUCCAGACGCUGUGAGUGUGGGCCGGGCCGUGUGCUGGACGAGGACGGAAGCAACUGCAGAGAGAUAGCAGGCUGUCAUGUUAACAAUGGAGGCUGCAGCCAUGGCUGCUCCGCGCUGCUGGACUUCUAUCAAUGCCACUGUCCCAGAGGGCUGGAGCUGGGAGAGGAUAAACGCACAUGUCAGGUGCCAGUCCAGUGUGAUUCCAGCUCUAUUAUUGUGUCAGUUCCUAAGGACCUUGUAGGAGGACUGGAGCUCUCUCUGUCCAACUCGUCUUGUCGAGGUGUUUCCAAUGGCACACACAUCAACCUCAGCUUCAGCCUCAAAACCUGCGGCACAGUGGUGGAGGUGACAGAUGAUAAGAGUGGCCUCCCUAGGAGCAGCCCAGGCAGCAGCAGGGACCUGAUAGUCCGCACCAGCAAGUUAGUGCUUCCAGUUACCUGUGAGUUCCCCAGGGAGUACCAAGUGUCGGACGGAUACCAGGCAAGUCAGCGCAGCUCAGCACUCGAACUGGCAGGCCACAGUGAGGGAGUCUUCCCCUUCUAUCUGGAGCUCUUUAAGAGCGCAGAGUUCUCGGAGCCGUACCGCACCCCACCCCAGCUCAGCCUGCACGACUCUCUGUUCUUCGGGGUGGAGCCAAAGGAAAGGGUGGAGGGCCUCUCUGCACUGGUGGAGAGCUGCUUCGCCACACCAGGACCUAAAGCUGACCAGGCCCUCAAGUAUUACCUCAUCAAAGACGGGUGUAUCUCUGAUGAAACAGUGACACAGUACUCAUCAAAGGACCAGCUCUCUAAGCACUACCAGGUCCCUGUCUUCAAGUUCAUUGGCAAGGACAACCGACAAGUGUUCAUCCACUGCCAGGUGUUAGUAUGCGGGGCAGGAGACUCCCACUGUGCCCAGCGUUGUCAAAGACGUGUCCGCCGAGAGGUUCGGUCCGGUGAACCUCAGGAGCAGCACACAUUGAGUGGAGGCCCCAUCUUCAUCCUGCCUGAGCCAUGAUGCUAACAUAGAGCCAUUAACUCAAACAGGCAGAAAAACACCAUGAGAGCCAACAGCAGCAGCAAAAUUACAUUUGCAGAGUAACAUUGAGAUUAAAGGAGACUUGCCAUUUCAGUUUAUUUAGAUAUUAAAAGUCCCUCUUAUACAAAUAUACAUGAUGUAUAGUAUAUACACUCUUUUUUAUUCUUCUGUAAGUUCCUGUGUCAGUCACAGUGCUGUAGAUCACUUAAAUUCUGCUUAAUACAUCCAAGUUUGUGUGUGUCAUUGCCACUUUGCCCGGCAGCACAAUUUACUGGCAGUAAAGUGAAUGACAUUUCUAUUAGAAAUCAUUCUGAGGGGCCACAGUUCAUUUGUAACAACUACAGCAUGAAUGAUGUUUUUCUAGGUCAAACUUUCUGGCAUUUCUCAGGCUUGAUUACAGCUUAAAGAUUUUGUGGAUUUAUAGAAGUGGUUUAUCCUUCACACUAUCACUGACUUGACAAAUACAUGUGGAACACCCAUAGAUGUAUUCUGA